CGAGGUGAUGAUGUUGGCCAUCUGACCACAGGCCGAUAGAUAAUUGUAAAUAAGCAAUCGGCGAGUAAGUAUGCACGAUCUGUGGCGGGCUGGAUGUGAUCUUAAUAGAGCUCUUCCACCAUCGGGAAACCCACUUUAUAUAUUCUCCAUGCAGGUCCAUCGACAAGUUCAUGAUCCCUUAUACAUAUAGUCUGGAUUCUAAAAUUCCCAUCAGUGUUAUUCUGGUCUUCAGUUCUAAAGAAGUACCAAUUGAGUAUGUAGAGUGUGCUCAGACCUCUUGACGCUUCAUGGGAUCAUAACCCACUCACCCAAAACAGCCCCACUCGGAUCCCAAACCUCAUCAGCAUCCCUCUUCCCCCGUCUCAACUCAAGCCUUCCUCCUAUCAGCCCAUCCUCCUCAAACUCCGCCGGUUUCGCUUCGAGGCCUACCAUACUCAUUGAAAGAGUACCAGCACAUCCUAUGUAAGAUGACGCCGGGUUGCUUAUUACACAGGGCUCUAGUCUCCACCCUGGCGAUCGGCUUCGGACUCGCUACCGCCGCACACAUCCCCUCCAGUCAACUGACCCUCUUCUCGAACCAGUUCAACUACAACAAUCUCAACAAUACCUCCUCAUCCUCCGCAAGACUCCAUCUCUCCCAGUCCGAGUCUACCCAUCUCGCCGCCAUCCAUGCCAGAGAAUUGAUUCACUACAGAUCUGAAGGGAUUGGAACGUUGAUCAGUAAUUAUCCAGACAAUCAUCCUGAUCCGAGCCUGAGAGGGCUUCCGAUCGGACUGCAAGAGUAUUUCGCGCCGUAUCCGAAUGGGGACCUAGUUCUACUCGUCCUGCCGAUCUCGCCGAUCUACGGGAACGUACUACAAGAGAAGGAGAACGGGACGAUGGGCCUGACGCUAUCGAUCCAAGACGAGCUGGGGACGGUGCAAAGGAAGAGUGGGAUGUGGGCGGCGAACCGGCGGCGGGUGAGUGUUUUUGGGGAGCUGGAGAUGCUGGAGGAGGAGGAGGAACAGAGGGAAGCCAAGCGGAUAUACGAGCGCGUCCAUCCGGACAGCACCCUCUGGGACGGCCACGGCGGCCCUCACGCCUCCUUCUGGGCCCGUCUGGCCGUCCAGAAGGUCUACUACUUCGGCGGCUUCGGCGACCGCGCGGCCAUCGGCUGGCUCGACCUUCACCUCUACCGCUCCAGCUUCGUGGACUCCCCCGAGUCGCGUCGCCGCGCUACUUGCUUCCAUCCCAAGGGUAUCAACCUCUACUGCGAACAACCCAUAGAUAUUGCUGAGACGAUGACCGACCUUGAUUCACUCGCCACCUUCGAAUUCCCUGAUCUCUUCCCACAAGCCCCGCAACCCAUCAUACAACAGCAACAGCACCAUCAUCACCACCAUCAUCAUCACCACCAUCACCACCACCAUUAUCACAACUCUACCUCCCCGGAUUCUUCGUUGCUGAUCGACUCAGAUGACUCGGAUUACAAUCUUGAAACUGGAAAUCAUCCUAGGAUCGAUGAAGAUAAUUAUUCGUCUACUUCAGAUGAUGAUCAAGAUCAAUGACAACCAAUUUGAUUCGUCAAGUUUUUUUUUUUUUUUUUUUUUUUUUUUUCAUCAUCCUCUUCUUCUUCUUCUGCCUCUUCAAUCAUCUCUAUUAAAAAAAAGCAAAUAACAACAAUAACAACAAAAUGAAAACUCCUUCCUCAUUAAACAUUAUUCCAAACGUACGAUUGUCUCCUUUUCUGCACAUACAUACAAAGACCUUAUCAUUGACCCCCGGAUCUCCAUCUUUCCUCUCAUCUAUCUAUCCAUCCAUCCAUGUAUUAUGUUUUGUCUUUAUUAGUGCAUCAGACCAUGGGCUGCUGCAUCCGCUUUCUCCUUUCAUAAAUUACAGUGAUGUAGUAACACAAAUUAUCUUUCAUGUAUGGAAAUAUCCCGAUAUGUAGUAGGGCGUCAUGGGGUGUUUUGACUUCUUCUUGCGGAAGUUCAUUUGAUCAUUUAUUUUCAUACUCAUCCAUGUAAUGAUAGAUAUGGAUUUCAAAGGACAC